CUGGCAUACUCCAUCCUGGCCUUCUCGGCCCGCCAGCUGAGUUUGACCACGGGCGUCGAUGACGGCAGCCACAGCUCAUACUAUAGCCAUGCGCUCCGGAUACUCAUUCCUAUCUUCGACGACCCCAACGAGGCUAUGAACGAGAAUGUCUUGGCCGGCAUCGUGAUACUACGUUCGUACGAGGAAAUGUUUGAGGGCGACGUCAACACCCACCUCACAGGCAGCUCUCGCCUCCUCAACUCCGAAUCCCGAUUCAUCGCCCGGGGCGGUCUCGGAGAGGCUGCGAGCUGGGUUGUGCUCCGCCAAGACCUCUACGUGUGCUUGACCAGGUCGUUGCCGCUGCGGAUUAGUUUGGACGGGUAUAAGCACUCGUCGGCGUUCAUCGACGCCAACGAUCAUGCACUCGCGAAUCGAGCAGUCUUUAUUUGCGGCCGGGCAGUAAUGUAUGCAAUGGGACCAGACUCGACUCUCGAUCCCAACGUCUGGGACGAACUGGACAGAGACAUGAAGAAUUGGUUUCAGUCGACGCCAUGGAGAUUCCUCUCCCACACAGCGGAGCCAUCGGUAAUCAACAACGACACCGACACAGCCUUUCCCACCCUCUGGAUGCCCCGAAGGGUGCAGGUCCUGGGCUACCAGCAUUACUAUCUCGCGAGGAUGAUCCUCGACAUGUUCCACCCCAAGCUCUGGAAGCCAAGCUUCGAGGCGUUCCGCAGCCGGGCGAUCACACAGGACCGCGUGCGCGAGUCUCUGCGCAUCCUGCUUGGCUUGACGGUGAGCAACUCGGGCGACGCGACCAUCAACUUCACCGCACACCACACACUGCACGCCUUCGGCGGUUUCCUCAGAGACACGCAGGAGCACGAAGAGGUUCUCCGAUUCCUGCAGUACAUGACGCAGACGAUGGGCUGGCCGACGGUAGGCCUGGCGGACAUGCUGCGCGAACAGUGGCACCAGGGAAAACGGAGCCCGGGGAACGCGAUCGUUUCUCCGCACGGCCGGGGUGAGAGGGAGCAACAAGCUCCGCGAUCUGGGGUCUGGGGAUCCGGGGGAUGACAUGGAAGGGCUUGUACUUGGACUUGUACUACAUACUAGAUAGUAUCUGUAAUACACACUACGCAGUACCCU